GUGGAGCAGCCAGCGCGGCCCCCCACAUCUGCCCGUACAGGGCCCCCCGGGGCCACUGGGGCCCGGCUCCGCUUGUUUCCCGCGGCUUCCCCUGGGCCAGUGUUGCCCCCGCCAGGCCGUGAGGGCUGCGCCCGCUGCCAGGGAGCACCGUGCGGCACGUCUGGCCCCUGGGCAGGGUGGGACCCAGGUGUCCGGCCCUGCCCAUGGCAGCUUUCCCCACCCCGCCCCCCUCACUGGUUUUCUCUCUGUGCUGUUGGCAGUCUGCUCCCGAAUCCGGCAGCGGCCCCUCGGGGCAGCCGGCCCCGUUCCCCAGCGCCCCCCCCAUGAUGCCACCGCCCUUCAUGCCUCCCCCGGGGAUGCCGCCCCCUUUCCCUCCAAUGGGGCUACCCCCAUUGGGGCCACGGCCGCCUGCCGUACCCCCCAUGCCCCCUGGCCUGAUGCCGCCGAUGAUGCCACCCAUGACAGCGCCCCCGCCUAUGGGACAGAUGCCAGCCAUGGUGCCGCCCUUGAUGCCGGGGAUGCUGAUGCCGGGGGUGCCUGCCGGCCCCGUCCCUGUGCCCAGAGCGGCGGCUCCCGGGACAGAGCCCCUCGGGGCCCCUCCAGCCCAGCCGGCGCCCGCGGUGAGUCACUGCCCCCUGUCAGCCUGCGGCCCCCUGCCCCACUUCAUCCCCUGGGAUCCCGGGGGGCUGCAGGUCUGGGAGGGGGCAGAGGGCCCAGUGCUGGAGUCCAGGUCAGGGGUAUUAGCAGGGCUGAGGGGGGCUGGAGUCUUGGCCCGCGACAUGUCCCGCAAGAAGCCUCCCUGGACCGAGCAUAAGGCCCCCGAUGGGCGCACCUACUACUACAACUGCGACUCCAAGCAGUCCACCUGGGAGAAGCCGGACGAGCUCAAGUCCAAAGCAGAGCUGCUGCUGUCCCAGUGUCCCUGGCGCGAGUACAAGUCGGACACAGGCAAGUCCUAUUACUACAACGCCCAGAGCAAGGAGUCGCGCUGGACCAAGCCCCGGGACCUGGAUGAGCUGGAGGCCUUGAUCAAAGAGGAGGAGGAGGCCGGGAGGCAGCAGGAGACGCCAUCUGCCGCCUCCAGCCCGUCCCUGUCCUCAGCUGCCACCACGGACACGGAGGCCACAGCUGCAGAUGAGCAGGAGCCGCUGGCACUAGGGGCCAUGGCCGAAACCCCAGAGGAGGUCAUGCCGCUGCAGGAGGAGGUGGCUGGCAGUGCCGACCCCAGCCGGCGGGAGGAGGAUGAGCGUGGGGACGUGAUGCCGAGUGCCGGCAGCUGGAGCACCAAGGAGGAAGCCAAGCAGGCGUUCAAGGACCUGCUGAAGGACAAGGGCGUCGCUUCCAAUGCAUCGUGGGAGCAGGCCAUGAAGAUGAUCAUCAAUGACCUGCGGUACAGCGCCCUGCCCAAGCUGAGCGAGAAGAAGCAGGCCUUCAACGCCUACAAGGCCCAACGCGAGAAGGAGGAGAAGGAGGAGGCGCGGCUCCGGGCCAAGGAGGCCCGGGAGGAACUGCAGCGGUUCCUGGAGCAGCAUGAGCGCAUGAGCUCCACCACCCGCUACAGGAAAGCUGAGCAGAUGUUUGGGGAGCUGGAGGUCUGGGCUGUGGUCCCAGAGCGUGACCGCAAGGAGAUCUACGAUGAUGUCCUCUUCUUCCUGGCCAAGAAGGAGAAGGAACACACCAAGCAGCUGCGCAAGCGCAACAUCCAGGCACUGAAGAACAUCCUGGAUAGCAUGAGCAACGUCAGCUUCCAGACCACCUGGUCCGAGGCCCAGCAGUACCUGAUGGACAAUCCCACCUUCGCAGAGGACGAGGACUUGCAGAACAUGGACAAGGAGGACGCACUGAUCUGCUUUGAGGAGCACAUCCGCACGCUGGAGCGGGAGGAGGAGGAGGAGAAGGAGAAGACACGGCUGCGUGAAAGGCGUCAGCAGCGCAAGAAUCGCGAGGCCUUCCAGGCCUUCCUGGACGAGCUGCACGACAAGGGGCAGCUGCACUCCAUGUCCACCUGGAUGGAGCUGUACCCGGCACUCAGCACCGACGCCCGCUUCGCCAACAUGCUGGGGCAGCCCGGCUCCACGCCGCUGGACCUCUUCAAGUUCUACGUGGAGGAUCUCAAGGCACGUUUCCACGAUGAGAAGAAGAUCAUCAAGGACAUCCUGAAAGACCGCGGCUUCAGCGUGGAGGUGAACACGACCUUCGAGGACUUUGCACAUGUCAUCAGCUUUGACAAGCGGGCGGCCACACUGGACGCCGGCAACAUCAAGCUCACCUUCAACAGCCUGCUGGAGAAGGCAGAGGCGCGGGAGCGGGAACGGGAGAAGGAGGAGGCGCGGAAGCUGCGGCGGCGUGAGGCGGCCUUCAAGAGCAUGCUAAAGCAGGCGGCCCCGCCACUGGAGCCUGGCGUCACGUGGGACGAGGUGCGCGAGCGCUUCGUAUGCGACAUGGCCUUCGAGCAGAUCACGCUGGAGUCAGAGCGGAUACGCCUCUUCCGCGAGUUCAUCCAGGUGCUGGAGACUGAGUGCCAGCACUCCCAUGCCAAGGCCAAGAAGCACAACAAGAAGGGCAAGAAGCACCACCGCAAGCGCCCACCAGCUGGCGGGGCGGUGGGGGAGCGGGGGCUGGGACCAUCGCCCCCCCUGCGGCCGCAGGGCUCGGACUCGGAGCCGGACGAGCAGCAUCACCGCGCGCCCAAGCGCAAGAGGAGGAACCACUCGGACUCGGGCUCUGACGCCUCCUCCUCGCCCGCCUCAGAUCACAGCUCCCGGAAGUCCAAGAAACAGAAAAAGAAAAGCAAGAAGAAGAGACACAAAUCGGACAGCCCUGAGAGUGGGGCCGAGCGGGAGCGGGAUAAGGGCCGGCGGGACCCCUGCCGGCAGAGCGGCUGGGACACGUCGGAGAGUGAGCCCAGCGAAGGCGAGCUGGAGAAGCGGCGCCGGACGCUGCUGCAGCAGCUGGAUGACCACCAGUAGCCACCUCCCGGGGGCUGCAUUGCCUGCCCGCGGGGCCUCCCCAUGCCGGAGCUUGAGCCACAGGGCUCCCCCUGGCCCGGCCCUGCUGUUGCACUGACCAGGACUGGACCCCCGCUGCCCCUGUGGGGCUCCCGGCGCUGCCCCUGCAGCCGUGCCCACGCCGGCUCCCGGACAGAGAACAAGCUGCCCCCAAGGAUGGCACCGACUGCGCGGCCUGUGGGUGUGGGUCCCUCCUUCCCCUGCUGUGGGCGUGGGGUGCACCGAGACAUCUCUGGCACUCGGGGGACUUGGGGUUUCUUUUUUAAAUAAUAUUUAUAAAGGGG